CUGUCUUUUGCUGAAAAAAAUGAAAAUAUUCAAGGAACAUGCGCACGUGCAUAAUGUCUCUCGUGGCCAAUCGUGUCGUCAGAAUUCCCCCUGAGCUUUCACUCCUCCUCGUGCCAGUGAGGAUAAGAAGCAGAUUUGACUCAGGCACUUUGGGAUAUUCUCCCAGAAAACGUUCAGGAUGCUGCAGCUGUUGACAUUCCUGGUGGAGAAGCUCUCUCUUCUCUGCAAAUUCAAACUUUUUGUCCCCAGCUAUUCGGACCAGGACCGGGAGCGCCACGUACACCGAGAGCGCACCCAACCGCCCCUCCGAAGGGGAGACCUGCUGGAGGUCCCCAGAACCCUUUUCACCCACUACGGCAUUUAUUUAGGUGACAAUAAAGUCGCUCACCUGAUCCCUGACAUCCUCCUUGUGCUUACAAACGACGAGAAGCUCAUCAGCUCUGUCAUCACAAACAAGAGACUCAUUCUUGGCUGCAUGUACAAGUGUGCCACGGUGCGCGUGGAUACAUUGGAGAACUUUGCGUAUGGCUCCAAGAUACUGGUUAACCGUAUGGAUAAGAUGAUGAAGAAUCACGUAUUUCCCAAUGAAGAAGUCGCUAAAAGAGCUGAAAAACUCAUGGGAGCAGUUCCCUACAGUCUGCUGUGGAAUAACUGUGAACACUUUGUGACAUACUGCAGAUACGGAUCUGCAGUCAGCAGGCAAACAGAGAAGUUCUGUGAGUGCUUGAAAUCAAUCAUCAGAGACCAGCGCAGCGUGAUUGUCACAGUCUUUCUUGGAAUGAUCUCCAUCCUCUGUUUUGGCAUUGCGCCGUCAACUACAUUACUCUCAAUACUCAUUCCCUUUACUCUAUGGAUGGCUGGUUAAAGGAGUUCAGCACAAAAAAAACAAAGUGAACUUUUACUUGGCACAGACUCACUGGAAACCUCAUCAGGAUGGUGCAGGCUAGUGAUGUGUUGCCUUAUGAGUCACAACCAUACUUUCAUUUUAUGUAGACGAUGUUUAAUGUCUUGUGUUGAUACAUAGUUUCUUAUUUGUUCCUCAUGAGUGCAGAGAAAUACAUAAACUCUUUGAUUUUACUUUGGCGUUUGAUGAUGAGGUUAUUAACAUUUGAGUCAUCACAAAAGUGAAUAUACACUCUACAACAACUAGU